AUCUUUCCCCUCUGCCAUCCUCUUCACAGUAGUGCCCAGGACAGAGAGCGAGGCACAGGGGACCUCGCUGUCCCAGCUGCGGGCUCCAGGUCAGGCCAAGACACACCCAGGCUGUCCUCUGCUGCGAUGGAGCUGCCGCUGCUGCUGCUGGUGCUGACUGGGAUCUGCGCGGGCAGGGUCCUAGAGACGGUCCCCUACACGCCCCAGAUCACUGCCAAGUCGCUGGAAGGGAAGCUCACCGCGACCACCUUCACGCUGGACCAGCCCAUCUGCAUCUUCGAUCAGUACGUGAACAGCACCGAUGACAUCUGGCUGGUCGUUGCCUUCACUAACAUCACAUCCCAUUUCAAAAAUCCAACCUCACAGAUCCAAAUCCCUCCCUACCAGAAGCUAUCGACUGCUCUCCAUUACAUGACGCUGAAGACUUCCAUAGCCUUCUACCCAUGUGCUGAAAACAGGGCCCCUAGCGUGCUCCGGGUUGGCAGUGACACGUCCUGCAAAGACGACCGCAGCCUGGAGUACUGCAACGGACCCCUGCCUCAUCCCGGGCCUUACAGAGUGAAAUUUCUCAUCCUGGAUACCAAUGGGUCCAAGGCAGAGACAAGAUGGUCCCAACAAAUUAUACUGAAGCAAGGUCGCAAGGCGCGCUCCAUCGACACCUGGCCCGGGAGGCGCAGCGGCACCAUGGUCGUCAUCACUUCCAUCCUCUCCAGCUUCAUUGGUGUCCUGGUGAUCUUGUUCCUGUGCACGGUCGCUUACGAGUGCUUUAAGCUUUGGCGGCGAGAGGAGCCCGCGGUCCCGGAGGAGCCACGCGCCGGGUCCUUCAGAGAGAGGGAGUACGAUACCCACCACAUCCCCCCGUCACAGGCUCCACCCCAGCCCCCCAGCGACGUGCCCCGGCCUCACUCGCCAGCCGCCUCCCCAUAGGAGCCCAGAGCUUCCCGCAGGCCAUCGUCCUGGGCUCAGCGAUCAGCACGCGGGAACCCCCUGAAACCUCACAUCCCAUGUACGCACCCCGUGCCCUCCCCAUCACGCACCCUGCUGCCAGCCUCCCCUAUAUAUCCCAGCCCCAGUGUCCCCUACGCUCCCCAACCUCCAACAUCUCCAUCACGCACCCUGCUGCCCGGCAUCCCCUAUAUACCCCGGCCCUACGCUCCCCAACCCCCAGCGUCACCAUCAUGCACCCUGCUGCCCGGCAUCCCCUAUAUACCCCAGCCCCAAUGUCCCCUACACUCCCCAAACCCCAACGCCCCAUCGCACACCCUGCUGCCUGGCGUCCCCUACGCGCCCCAAAACCCAGCAUCCCUGUCACACGCCCCAGGCCCCAGCCUCCCACACGCUCACCCUGGUGCUCUAGGAUCACCAGCCCUGGGAGAGAAGAGGAUCCGUGCUCCCUGCCCUGCUUCUUCCCACUUCCCUGUGCCUGACUUUACAGGACACAGAGCAACAGCUGGAGAAGAAGGGGAGCACAAGCCACACCCUCUGCUCCUGCCAAUCAAAGGGUCGUUUCUAUUAACUCCAAUAGGCAGCUGCCUUGGUGCAUGGGGCUGGGCACUGGGGACACUCAGGGCACCUUGGUCAUUUGUUUCUCGCGGGCUUUAUUCACCUCCUGCAACUAUUUAUGAGGCCAAAAUAACUGGAGGAGCGAGUGGCAGGGCAAUCCCAUGAUGAGAGCCGAGCUCCAUUUACCGAGCCGGAGGGAUUAAAAAGCCCUUGAGAAACAAAGACGAUCCCCUUCCUGGCUAAUGGGCCCCCUGCUUUGAUUCCAUUUCUUUACCCCCAGCGUAGGGAACAGGGCCCGUCUGUCCUAUCAGCGGGAACGUGAUGGUGGUGUUCCCGGCCCGCCUGCGCUGCGGCUCCAGGUUCACAUGAGUGCAGGGCUGGGUCCCGAGCCACGCUCCUCCUGAUCGCUGGGGAAGUUUGGGCCUGGACCUAGAAUUCCAGCCCGGGGUGGAGUUGGCUGAUUGGCACCUGAAUACACAAUGACCCUCGGCACCCCGCCCUCCCCACCACCUGCAAAUGACGCAGGAGCCUUCGGGCUAGAAUGACAGCCCUGCCCUUGCCGGGCCAAGGUGAGCCCUGGCACACCUGUGCUUUAAUGCACUGGGAGGCCGGAGCCCAGGGAACUGUGCACAACGCUUGCUGACGUCAGCGUGGCCUCAGGGCUCUCGAGUGGGCGGGAGGGAGGCGCCUCAUCUCUGACAGGGGGGCCCUUCCCGAAGUCUGCAGGCCUGCAACAGAGCCAGCCCCUGGCCCCCUCGGACCAACAAGUGCCGAGGAAAGAGGUCAAGCCCACCCCCCUCGCCCUUCCCAGCUCUGUCCCUGGAGUCUGAGAUUCCAGCCCCGCAGGACCCCAGCCAGGCCCAAGGGGAGGAGCUGGGACUCACCCCAACACCCAUGGGAGUCACUGGGCUUUGGAGCUGGCCCCCAGCUCAGCAGGCUGCCGGAUGGAGCGGUCCCUCCAGGACAUGGAGCAGCCCAGCAGCGGUGCGGCUUUAGGUGCUUCCCCCUCCAGCCCUUAGAACUUGAUUAAAGGACCAGGGCCCAAUCUCUCUCCCCGCCCCUCCACACUGGAAGCCUUCCUCAGGGACCAGCCGGCCGGCCGAUGUGAGAGGUUCAGCUUCUGUGGUUAUUGUAUAUCCUGCUGGGGGAAGGUGGGUUUCUCUUUUCAACUCAUCGGUGCCCGGCCAAGUAAACUGUAGUUUGCAUUUUUGA